AUGGUUAAAGUGCUCUUGACUGGAGGCAGCGGUUUCAUCGCCGCCCACAUUGUAGACAUUCUACUACAGCAUGGCUUUGAUACAGUUGUGACGGUCCGAUCCGAGGAAAAGGGCGACCAAAUCCUCAAGGCGCACCCGAACACAAAGCAGAAGCUAUCCUAUGUGAUCGUAAAAGAUGUCGCUCAGGAUGGUGCAUUUGAUGAGGCUGUCAAAUCAGACCCGCCGUUCGAUUACGUUUUGCAUACUGCAUCACCUUUCCACUUUAACGUUCAAGACCCCGUGAAGGACUUCCUUGACCCUGCUAUCAAGGGAACCACUGGGAUCUUGAAGGCCAUCAAAGCCUUUGCCCCGACAGUGAAGCGAGUGGUGAUCACGUCAUCUUUUGCUGCUAUUGUCAACCCCAAGAAAGCCCCCGCAGUAUACGACGAGAAGGCGUGGAACCCAGUGACAUGGGAGGAGGCGAUGGAUCACUCGCAGGUCUAUCGAGCUAGCAAGAAAGCUGCCUGGGAUUUUGUCGAGAAGGAGAAGCCAAACUUCGACCUUGCUACCAUUAACCCACCCUUGGUGUUUGGACCGGUUGUUCACUACUUGAACACUUUGGAGGCUAUCAACACAUCGAACCAGCGGUUCCGAAGUCUUGUCCAGGGCGAGAUGAAGGAGAAACUAGCUCCAACCGGAAACUUCCUCUGGGUGGAUGUACGGGAUGUUGCUCUUGCUCACGUGAAAGCAAUUGAGGUCAGCGAGGCCGGCGGAGAGAGAUUCUUCGUUACCGCGGGCUACUUUUCCAAUAAGAAGAUCGCAGACGCCGCCCGUGAAUCCAAUCCCGAUUUGGAGGCCAAGCUGCCACCAACUGACGCGACUGAUGAUUUCCCGGCGAACAUUUAUGGAUUUGACAACAGCAAGUCUCAGAAGGUUUUGGGGCUGGAAUACCGACCUCUGAAACAGACAGUAAAGGAUACCAUAGACUCGCUUCUGGUGAUUGGUGUUUAG